GAGUAGACCCUGACGUUUAGCUAAUUUUCGACCAUAGUUUUGGUCUGUAUUCCACCAAACGAAUAAAAAUCCCACGUCGCAAUUAGAGGAUGGAUCAAUUAUGGGUUUUGUCACAAUGGUGAAGGACAACAAUAUCUCCACAUCAGAUAACCACAAAGUCCCAAAAUAAUAUUUGAAUAUUUUUCCACGCAAAUUAGAAUAAUAAUAUAUUAUCUUCUUAACCAUUCUAAUAAUACCAAUAUUGAUAAUUCUUUUUUUCUCUUGUGAAAAUAAAAUAUAAAACGUUGGCAUGUGCUUAUCCAGAAUCCCUCAGUUUCCUCACUCGUCAGAUUUCAGAACUAUCAAGUGUUAAAAGUCGGAAACUGCUAAAAUACAGAGAGAGAGUGAGAGAGAGAGAGAGAUGGGUAAGGGAGGACAGUCUCAUGGUGAAAUCAAAGAUGGAGAAGAAAACAUGGCUGCCUGGCUUCUUGGUGUAAACAAUCUCAAGAUUCAACCGUUCACUCUCCCACCUCUUGGACCUAAUGAUGUUAGAGUAAGGAUGAAAGCUGUUGGCAUAUGUGGUAGUGAUGUUCACUUUCUCAAGGCCAUGAGAUUAGCAGAUUUCAUUGUUAAAGAGCCCAUGGUGCUCGGCCAUGAGUGCGCCGGGAUCAUAGAAGAAGUUGGGAGUGGAGUGAGUACACUUGUGCCCGGUGACCGUGUUGCACUUGAGCCUGGAAUCAGUUGCUGGAGGUGUAACCUUUGCAUAGAAGGUCGAUACAAUCUAUGCCCAGAGAUGAAGUUUUUUGCAACCCCACCUGUUCAUGGUUCUCUUGCCAAUCAGGUAGUUCAUCCAGCAGACCUAUGCUUUAAGCUGCCAGAGAAUGUCAGCUUGGAAGAAGGGGCAAUGUGUGAACCCUUAAGUGUGGGUGUCCAUGCUUGUCGCCGAGCCAAUAUCGGUCCAGAGACAAAUGUUUUGAUCAUGGGAGCUGGACCAAUUGGCCUAGUCACAAUGCUCGCUGCCCGUGCUUUCGGGACUCCCAGAAUUGUUAUUGUCGAUGUGGAUGACCAUCGUUUAUCAGUUGCCAAGAAUCUUGGUGCAGAUGAAACUGUCAAAGUUUCAACAAAUGUUCAGGAUAUAGGUGAAGAAGUGGCUCAGAUACAUAAAGCCAUGAUCGGUGGAGUGGAUGUUUCUUUUGAUUGUGUAGGCUUUAGCAAAACCAUGUCAACAGCCAUGAGGGCCACUCGUGCAGGCGGCAAAGUGUGCCUUGUGGGAAUGGGCCACACUGAGAUGACUGUUCCACUCACUCCAGCUGCUGCAAGGGAAGUUGAUAUUAUUGGUAUUUUUCGGUACAAGAACACAUGGCCACUAUGCCUGGAGUUUUUAAGGAGUGGUAAGAUUGAUGUGAAGCCCCUUAUAACUCACCGGUUUGGAUUUUCUCAGAGAGAGGUGGAAGAAGCUUUUGAAACUAGUGCUCGUGGUGGUACUGCCAUUAAAGUCAUGUUUAAUCUGUAGUUGUUAUAUACUUGAAUAAGCAGUAAUAUUUCUUGCAUAUUUCAACCAAGUAGGCUGCUCUUAAUCUAGUGAUCCUUCUCACUUGUGUCUACUACUGAUACAAAUAAUAAAAUUGCCUACUUUUUUGUUUUUA